UGGCAGCCUCUUGUUCCAAUAACGUAUCUGGGCAGUCUCUUACCCUGUAGACAUUAUCUCCUGGAACCUGACGCUGGGGGAGAGGCGGAGGCGGCGUUUAGGGCAGCGGCGAGGGUGAAAUAAGGGCGUGAGGAGGGCGGGGAGUUGGGCGCGAGGGCGUGCAGUGAGGGGGUGGAAGGGGCCGAGCCGCGGCGCCCGAUCAAUAAUGAACGGCCCUCAGUCCCUCUCGGCGCGUCGCGGGGCAGACCACGGCCACGGAAAAUAAGAAUAUCCACCCCUAGAUACCCCCAUGUGUUGGCCCUCCGUAGCUGGCGUGGACUCCGGCGGGAGAUAUGGCCUUCCCUCGGGGUUGGUGAGGCGAUAGUGCCCCUGUGAGCGCGGGGAAGAGUGAGAGAGAGAGAGAAAAUGAUGGACCUUCCAGCGCCAUUACGAGGCUGAGAUUUCGCAGUGAAAUGAAACGGGGCUUUUAUCGUGUUCCCUCCCUGUCUGAACCUUACCGACGAUGAGCGGACGACCCAGGACGACCAGCUUCGCCGAUGCGAAUAAAGGGCCGCCCUCCGUAUCCUUCCCGGGGAUGAAAAUUAGCAGAUUGAGUCAUACACACACCUCUUCCUCCUCCUCUGGUAAGGAUGGGAACAAGAUCACAACAGUCAUUGCCACACCAGGCCAGGGCUCGGACCGGCCGCAGGAGGUGUCAUACAUGGACACGAAGGUCAUCGGGAACGGCAGCUUUGGGGUCGUGUUCCAGGCCAAGCUGUGCGAUACGGGGGAGCUCGUGGCCAUCAAGAAGGUGCUCCAGGACAAACGGUUUAAGAACCGAGAGCUCCAGAUAAUGAGAAGACUAGAACACUGUAAUAUAGUCAAGUUGAUGUAUUUCUUUUACUCCAGUGGUGACAAGAAGGAAGAGGUGUUCUUGAAUCUAGUUUUAGAGUUCAUCCCAGAGACAGUCUAUAAGGUAGCCCGGCACCACAGCAAGCAAAAACAAACUAUACCAAUCAGCUAUAUUAAGUUGUACAUGUACCAGCUGUUCCGGAGUCUGGCCUACAUCCACUCGCUGGGUGUGUGUCACCGGGACAUCAAGCCCCAGAACCUGCUCCUGGACCCAGAGACAGGCGUCCUCAAGCUGUGUGACUUCGGCAGCGCCAAGCACCUGGUGCGCGGGGAGCCCAAUGUGUCCUACAUCUGCUCCCGCUACUACAGGGCCCCGGAGCUCAUAUUUGGGGCCACGGACUACACCACGAAUAUUGACGUGUGGAGUGCAGGCUGCGUGUUGGCGGAGCUGCUACUUGGCCAGCCCAUCUUCCCCGGGGACUCAGGGGUGGAUCAGCUGGUGGAGAUCAUCAAGGUCCUCGGCACACCAACGCGGGAGCAAAUUAGGGAGAUGAAUCCAAACUAUACUGAGUUCAAGUUCCCUCAAAUUAAAUCACAUCCCUGGCAGAAGGCGUUGCUGACGAGAACAGCUGAUGCACCUAACCAUGAUAAAAAACACCAGAAGCUUAGAGUAUUCCGCCAGAGGACCCCCGAGGAUGCGAUCAACCUUGUGUCCCGCCUGCUGGAGUACACCCCCUCCGCUCGCAUCACUCCCCUUCAAGCCUGCGCACACAAGUUUUUCGAUGAGCUCAGGGAUCCAAACACACGGCUACCUAACAACAGGGAACUGCCACCGCUUUACAACUUUACUGAGCAGGAGAUCAAGAUCCAGCCGGAGCUGAACACCAAGCUCAUUCCCCCACACUACCGAGGUGAGGUGGCCAACAGCGGGUGGCGGCGGUGGCGGCGGCGGCGGCGGCUCCUCGGCCGUGGACUCGUCAGAGGGGGCCACCGCGGCUCCUGUCAAUGACAACUGAGGCCAACGACCCGACCUUGACCUGGCCGCUAGCCCCCCCGCCCCCCUGCCCCCCCCUUUGCCCCCCCUGCCGGGCCCAGCGUGUACAGAACCGGGGGGGGGGCAGGCCAGGAGGGGGGAGGGGGCUGCACCUCACUCCAGCUUGGCCACCACCCAGCCACCCCUGUGUAAAGUGUACAUACGUAUGUCAGAACAUUACUAGCGGAUGACCUCUCAGUCCCCCGACCCCCCCAUGGCCCCCAAAAAAAAGCCCCCUGACCCCCCAGAAGCCCCGGCCCCCCCACCACUAGCCCCCCAACCCCCGGAGGCGAUUUACUUGUUUUUUUGAAUUAGUUAGGAUGACAUGGUGUUUGUUUUGCACCGUUUGUAGGGCAAGCGAGGGGGUGCUGUUGUCCAUAUGUUCGUCUGUCACCCCCUCCACCGGCCUGCCUCCCCCCCCUCCCUACCUCUGCUGCCUCUCCCUCUCCCCUCUGCCUCUCCCUCUCCCAGCUAGAUCAUUCAGCCUGGUAGCAAGGGUUGUGGUUGUCAUCCCCUCUUGAGUUAGUGCCAAUGUUACUUCUUGUAGGCUCUCAACAUCACCACUACCACACCACCACCACCACCACCCCUCCCUGACCUCACCCAGCCCACCACCACCUUCCCCAUUCUUGUUUUUCUUCUUGUUAAGCCUUUUUGGGUGUUGAUACUUCUUUUUCCUCAUCUUUUUCUUUAGUGUUUUGUUUUUGUCUUUCCUUCUCUUUAUCAGGUUUUUGAUUCUUGUUUUCUUUCUCUUCCCCAGUCCUUUGUUUUUCUUCAUUUCCUGUCUUGUUUUUCUUCUUUUCCUUCUUUAUCAGUCUUUCAUUUUUUUCCUCAUCCUCUUCUGCAGUCCACUUUUCUCCUCUUCCUUUUCCCCCACUCCUUUAUUUCUCUCCUCUUCCUCUUCCCCAGUCUUUCAUUUUUAUUCUCUUCCCUCUUCAAUUUUUUUUAAUUUCUCUUCAUUAAACCUUCAUUGUUAAGCACUUUUCCUUCCUCUUUCUCUUUCUAGUCUUACCAAUCUUUCUUCUUCCUCUGUGUGAAAUCUGAAGUCUUAACACCUCCUCCUCCUCCUCCUCCUCCUCCUCCUCCUCCUCCUCCUCCUCCUCCUCCUCUUCACUGGGGAAUAUCAACAGCAAUGAGUUUCCAAGCUAAAACACACACACAAUCAGUCAAUCCUCCAUUUCUUUCCCUCUUUCAAUUUGUUGUUUGAAUGAAUGAGAAAAUCUGAAAACAAGCAUUUUUAAAACAUUUUGCAUCAUGUAGCUAUCAUUGCCUCUCCCAUCCCUGUCUCUCCUCCCCCCUACUCUCUCUCUCUCCCCUCCCCUCCCUCUAGUGUGAUAGUCCCCCUUGCCCCCCCCUCCUCCCUGCCCCCCCCCACACCCCAAGCAAGGUGACCUCCCCGCAUAAGGCAGUGUAAUGAUGACCUCACUGCUCCCAGAUAUAUUAAACAGGGGUCAAGAUAAGGAGUUUAGCAGUGACUUGUUUAUUUUCUUUACUGAUUACUGAAGUUUCAAGUUUGGAAUUUUGAUGUUUUUCUUUAAUUUUUUUAUUGUUAUUAUUAUUUUUAUUUGUUAUUUUACUUUUUCUCUUGUGAUCUUUCUUGUCUUCAUCUCUUUUUGACUUCCAUGUAUAUUUCUCUUCUCUUUCUCUCUCUUCUGCCUUUUUUUCAUUCACUUUGUCUUGUUUCUUUAUUUUUUACUCUCUCUCUCCCUCUCUCUUUAAACUUUCUUGUUCUUUCAUAUUUCUUUUCCCUUUCUUUGUUCUAUCACUUUUUCCUCUUCAUUUCUUUUUUGUCUUCUAUUUUCUCCUUUUCUUUGUUUUAUUUCUUUGCCUCUAUUCUUUUCCUCUCAUCUUUCUUUCUUUCAUUUUCUUUCUUUCUUUCUUUCUUUCUUUCUUUCUUCUUUCUUCUUUUCUUUCUUUCUUUCUUUCUUUCUUUCUUUCUUUCUUUCUUCCUUCCUUCCUGUACAUAGCAUUCAUUACUCACUCACCACACCUAGUACAACCUCUCUCUCUCUCUCUCUCUCUCUCUCUCUCUCUCUCUCUCUCUCUCUCUCUCUCUCUCUCUCUCUCUCUCUCUCUCUC